UCACAGACAGCGGCUGUUAGAAGUGGGACCUCUGAGCUCCGGACCUGUGUCUAGCCUAACCUGCCUCUGCUCCUCCCCAGGCCUCACCUUCCCCGAUGGCACAGGUACCAGGGGAAGUGGACAACAUGGAGGGCCUGCCGGCCCCUCACAACAACAAUCCUGCAGCCCGCUGGGAGAGUCCGGAUCGGGGCUGGGAACGGGAGCAGCCAGCAGCCGCCACGGCAGCCGCCUCCCUCUUUGAGUGCUCCAGGAUCAAGGCCUUGGCAGAUGAGCGCGAGGCCGUGCAGAAGAAGACCUUCACCAAGUGGGUGAACUCGCAUCUCGCCCGCGUCGGCUGCCACAUCGGGGACCUGUAUGCCGACCUCCGGGACGGCUUUGUGCUCACGCGGCUCUUGGAAGUGCUGUCCGGGGAGCAGCUGCCAAGACCCACUCGAGGUCGCAUGAGGAUCCACUCGCUGGAAAACGUGGACAAGGCGCUGCAGUUCCUGAAGGAGCAGCGCGUGCACCUGGAAAACGUGGGCUCGCAUGACAUUGUGGACGGGAACCACCGGCUGACCCUGGGGCUAGUCUGGACCAUCAUCCUGCGCUUCCAGAUUCAAGUAAUCAAAAUUGAGACUGAGGACAACAGAGAGACGCGCUCCGCCAAGGACGCACUGCUCCUGUGGUGUCAGAUGAAGACAGCUGGUUACCCUGAGGUAAACAUCCAGAAUUUCACCACCAGCUGGCGGGACGGCUUGGCCUUCAACGCGCUCAUUCACCGGCACAGGCCCGAUCUCGUGGACUUCAGCAAACUCACCAAGUCCAAUGCCAACUACAACCUGCAGAGAGCCUUCCGCACGGCAGAGCAGCACCUGGGGCUGACACGUCUGCUGGACCCUGAGGAUGUGAACAUGGAGGCUCCAGAUGAGAAGUCCAUCAUCACCUACGUGGUCUCUUUCUACCACUAUUUCUCCAAGAUGAAGGCUCUGGCUGUGGAGGGGAAGCGGAUCGGGAAGGUCCUGGACCAGGUGUUGGAGGUGGGGAAGAUCAUCGAGCGCUAUGAGGAGCUGGCGGCCGAGCUCCUGGCCUGGAUCCAUCGCACCGUGGGCCUCAUCAGCAAUCAGAAGUUUGCCAACUCUUUGAGUGGGGUGCAACAGCAGCUUCAGGCUUUCACGGCCUAUUGCACACUGGAGAAGCCAGUCAAGUUUCAGGAGAAGGGGAACCUGGAGGUGCUGCUCUUCAGCAUCCAGAGCAAACUGCGUGCCUGUAAUCGUCGCCUCUUUGUGCCUCGGGAGGGCUGUGGCAUCUGGGAUAUCGACAAGGCAUGGGGCCAGCUGGAGAAGGCAGAGCACGAACGGGAGGCCGCCCUGCGAGCUGAGCUGAUCCGGCAGGAGAAGCUGGAACUUUUGGCCCAGAGGUUUGACCACAAGGUGGCCAUGAGGGAGAGCUGGCUGAAUGAGAACCAGCGCCUGGUCUCCCAGGACAACUUCGGGUAUGAGCUGCCGGCGGUGGAGGCAGCCAUGAAGAAACACGAGGCCAUCGAGGCGGACAUUGCAGCCUAUGAAGAGCGGGUGCAGGGCGUGGCCGAGCUGGCCCAGGCCCUGGCGGCAGAAGGUUACUACGACGCCCGGCGCGUGGCGGCCCAGCGUGACAGCGUCCUGCGCCAGUGGGCCCUGCUGACCGGGCUGGUAGGUGCCCGGCGGACGCGGCUCGAGCAGAACCUGGCCCUGCAGAAGAUCUUCCAGGAGAUGGUGUACAUGGUGGACUGGAUGGAGGAGAUGCAGGCUCAGCUGCUGUCCCGGGAAUGUGGGCAGCACCUGGUGGAGGCGGAGGACCUGUUGCAGAAGCAUGGACUGCUGGAGGGGGACAUCGCGGCCCAGAGUGAGCGAGUGGAGGCGCUCAACGCUGCUGCCCUGCGUUUCUCUCAGCUGCAGGGCUACCAGCCCUGCGAUCCGCAGGUCAUCUGCAACCGCGUGAACCACGUGCACGGCUGUCUGGCGGAGCUGCAGGAGCAGGCGGCGCGGCGGCGCGCGGAGCUGGAGGCCUCGCGGAGCCUGUGGGCGCUGCUGCAGGAGCUGGAGGAGGCGGAGAGCUGGGCCAGAGACAAGGAGCGCCUCCUAGAGGCGGCGGGCGGCGGCGGCGGCGGCGGCGCGGCGGGCGCGCAGGCCCUGCGGCGCGGCGAGGAGCUGGCUGCGGCCGGCGGCGCCGUGGGCGCGGGCGCCGAGACGGUGCACCUGGCGGGCCUGGCGGAGCGCGCGGCGAGCGCGCGGCGGCGCUGGCAGCGGCUGGAAGAGGCGGCGGCGCGGCGCGAGCGGCGGCUGCAGGAGGCGCGGGCGCUGCACCAGUUCGGCGCCGACCUCGACGGGCUCCUCGACUGGCUUCGCGACGCGUACCGCCUAGCAGCCGCGGGCGACUUCGGCCACGACGAGGCGUCCAGCCGCCGCCUGGCCCGCCAGCACCGCGCGCUCACCGGGGAGGUGGAGGCGCAUCGCGGGCCCGUGGGCGGCCUGCGGCGUCAGUUGGCGACACUGGGGGGCGCCAGCGGCGCCGGGCCACUGGUGGUGGCCCUGCAGGUGCGCGUGGUGGAGGCGGAGCAGUUGUUCGCCGAGGUGACCGAGGUGGCUGCGCUGCGGCGCCAGUGGCUGCGAGACGCCCUGGCGGUCUACCGCAUGUUUGGCGAAGUGCACGCGUGCGAGCUGUGGAUCGGUGAGAAGGAGCAAUGGCUGCUGGCCAUGCGUGUGCCCGAUUCGCUCGACGACGUCGAGGUGGUGCAGCACCGAUUUGAGAGCCUGGACCAGGAGAUGAACAGUCUGAUGGGCCGUGUCCUGGAUGUGAACCACACGGUUCAGGAGCUGGUGGAAGGAGGCCAUCCCAGUUCAGAUGAGGUGCGCUCCUGCCAGGACCACCUCAACAGCAGGUGGAACCGCAUCGUGGAGCUGGUGGAACAGCGCAAAGAGGAGGUGAGCGCAGUGCUGCUGGUGGAGAACCACGUGCUGGAGGUGGCCGAAGUGCGCGCCCAGGUGCGCGAGAAGCGGAGGGCCGUGGAGAGCGCGCCCCGAGCGGGCGGCGCCCUGCAGUGGCGUCUCAGCGGCCUGGAGGCAGCUCUCCAAGCUCUGGAGCCCCGCCAGGCGGCCCUCCAGGAGGAGGCGGCCCUGCUGGCCGUGCGCUUCCCGGCUCAGGCUGCGCGGCUGCACCAGGGUGCGGAAGAACUGGGCGCCGAGUGGGGCGCGCUGGCCAGCGCGGCUCAGGCCUGUGGCGAGGCCGUGGCCGCGGCCGGGCGCCUGCAGCGCUUCCUGCACGACCUGGACGCUUUCUUGGACUGGCUGGUGCGCGCCCAGGAGGCGGCGGGCGGUGUCGAGGGCCCCCUGCCCGGCAGCCUGGAAGAGGCCGAUGCGCUGCUGGCUCGCCACGCCGCGCUCAAGGAGGAGGUGGACCAGCGCGAGGAAGACUAUGCCCGCAUCGUGGCGGCCAGCGAGGCGCUGCUGGCGGCCGACGGCGCCGAGCUGGGCCCGGGCUUGGCACUCGACGAGUGGCUGCCGCACCUGGAACUCGGCUGGCACAAGCUGCUCGGCUUGUGGGAGGCGCGCAGGGAGGCCCUGGUGCAGGCACACGUCUACCAGCUCUUUCUUCGCGACCUACGCCAGGCUCGGGCGGUGCUGCGCAACCAGGAGGUGGCACUGUCGGGUCUGGAGCUCCCGGGCACGGUGGAGUCAGUGGAGGAGGCACUGAAAAGGCACCGGGAUUUUCUCACCACGAUGGAGCUGAACCAGCAAAAGAUGCAGGUGGCGGUGCAGGCUGCCGAGGGCCUGUUGAGGCAGGGCAACGCCUACGGAGAGCAGGCCCAGGAGGCUGUGACCCGGCUGCUGGAGAAGAGCCAAGAAAACCAACUACGGGCGCAGCAAUGGAUGCAGAAGCUACACGACCAACUUGGGCUGCAGCACUUCCUCCGAGACUGCCAUGAGCUGGAUGGCUGGAUCCAUGAGAAGAUGCUAAUGGCGCGCGAUGGCACUCGGGAAGACGGCCACAAGCUGCAUAAGAGAUGGCUCCGGCACCAGGCGUUCAUGGCCGAGUUGGCUCAGAAUAAGGAGUGGCUGGAGAAGAUCGAGAGGGAGGGCCAACAACUGAUGCAGGAGAAGCCAGAGCUGGCGGCCUCAGUGCGGAAGAAGCUGGGUGAGAUCCGGCAGUGCUGGGCCGAGCUGGAGAGCACCACCCAGGCCAAGGCAAGACAGCUCUUUGAGGCCAGCAAGGCCGACCAGUUGGUGCAGAGCUUCGUGGAGCUGGACAAGAAGCUCCUUCACAUGGAAAGCCAGCUGCAAGACGUGGAUCCUGGUGGGGACCUAGCCACCGUCAACAGCCAGCUCAAGAAGCUACAGGUAUGGCCUGGCUGACCCAGACAGGGACUCCCUGUGCCACAGGGUGAUGGGAAUCAGGGUCAGACUCCACUCAAGGUGUUUUACACAGAGGGAUUCAAUACAGAGAUUUAUUUCAAAUGUGUUAGGAAGGUUGGAAGAACAGAAGGAGAAUACUAAGGAAAUCCAGUCAAUAGUAAAUGUUGGAGGUAGCCACCACCUGGAGGGCCUGGGGUACAAAGGGGAGAAGAAGAAUUCAGAACCAAGAAGCAGUAGUUAGAUAGCCAGCGCACUGACGGUUUCACAGGACCCUGAUGCCUGU